UCUCGCUUCUGAAGAACUCUCGGAUGUAGCGAGACUCGGAUUAAUCAAUGGAAAUGAAUGGAAAACUGUUGUGAAUGACGUUAAAUACUGUUGUUUUGUGUCUUCAUUUAAAUUGCAUUUUUGCGAAAAACAUAUUCGCAAAGAAUAAAACGUUCUGAAAUGGCUGACACAAACAGUAACUCAACCCGAUCGGUUUCAACUCAAAAUUCUCUGGAAAACAACAGAAAAAGUGAAUGGAUAAAACUUAAUGUGGGAGGAACCACCUUUAUGACAACUCGGACAACGUUGUCAAAAGAUAGAAAAUCUUUUUUAUAUAGAUUAAUUCAAGAUGAAGGUGAUCUCAACACAGAUCGUGAUGAAAAUGGUGCCUAUCUUAUUGACCGAGAUGCAGCAUAUUUUGGACCAGUUCUCAACUAUUUGAGGCAUGGGAAACUUGUUUACAACAAAGAUCUGCCUGAGGAAGGCAUUCUUGAGGAAGCAGAGUUCUAUAAUAUACCUAACUUGAUAGUGCUAGUCAGGGACAAGAUUCGUGAAAGAGAUGCGAAGCAAAAUCAGACGUACAUGAAGAAUGUGUACCGAGUUCUGCAGUGUUCAGAGGAGGAGCUUACCCAGAUGGUGUCCACGAUGUCCGAUGGCUGGAAGUUUGAGCAGUUGGUGAAUAUAGGCUCCCAGUACAACUAUGGGUCAGAUGACCAUGUGGAGUUCCUGUGUGUAGUGUCCAAAGAGUGCCCAAACAGCUUAAAUGGACCAGAGACUAAACCUACUGACCGAGCUGAUGUCUUGCAACAGAAAGGUUCACGUAUGUGAGGUCUUCAAUGCAACAUUUGACUAGCUGUUGUUUUGUGUCUUCACACUGAACUCUGUGAGACUUUGCUGAAUCUGCCUCAUCUUUUUUCUCCUAUACUUGAGUACAUGUGAUGGGCUGUGUAAUAUAAUUGAGGUCAGAGACUGAGGCGUUCUGGUGUUGCAAGUCAGCCAAUACAUAAUCAGUGGACGGAAUACCACUUUGGUGGAAAUGGAAAGCAUUUAGAAAGGAUGUGCGUUCUUGAAGAUGGUCCUGUAUUGAAAACUGUUAUGGAUUGAUGUAAGAGUUGGAAAAUUAAAUAUAGACUAUAUUAUUGUGUAUGUUGAUUCCGGUAUUUAUUUUAUUAGGUAAGUACGAUGUCCCUCAGACAAAUGUUCAAGAUGUCAUAAAAAUAGGAAUAAACUUAAAAAUUAUUGAUAUGUUGCUUUAACAACGGUUCAACUACCUUGUAGUUUUUAACCAGGUUUUCCAAAGGAAAAAACUGGUUAUUAGAUUGGCGAAUGCGGGCGGGCUGGCUGGCUGGCUGGCGGGCUGGCUGGCGGGCUGGCUGGCGGGCUGGCGGGCGGGCGGAACAAGCUUGUCCAGGCCAUAACUAUGUCGUUCAUUGUCAGAUUUUAAAAUCAUUUGGCACAUUUGUUCACCAUCAUUGGACGGUGUGUCGCGCGAAAUAAUUACGUCAAUAUCUCCAAGGUCAAGGUCACACUUUGAGUUCAAAGGUCAAAAAUGGCCAUAAAUGAGCUUGUCCUGGCCAUAACUAUGUCAUUCAUUGUGAGAUUUUAAAAUCAUUUGGCACAUUUGUUCACCAUCAUGGGACGGUGUGUCGCACGGAAGAAUCACGUCAAUAUCUCCAAUGUCAAGGUCGCCACGACUAAAAAUAGAUUUAAAAAAAAAAAAAACUUACAAAGGGGGUUAAUUUUGUUUGUUCAUUUCAAAAGUUCAGUUUGAGUUUUCUCCCUUUAUCAGAUUUUUUUUCACAAUGAAAACCUGGUUUUGUGACAAUUUUGUCCCUUGUCAUGUAGUUGUAUGGCAGUAAUACAAUAAAUUGUUACAUCUAUCUGUGUAUAUGUUUGGGAGCACAAAUGUAAGAACAUGGUUAGUUGUUUCAAAUGUUUAACAGUUUGGCCAGCAAUAUGAUUGUUCUCUUUUUAAUAUGCAGAUACCCUGUUAAGUGUUAAAUGUUGUUACUUAGCAUUGAACAAAUGCUAACAAAUAGUAAUUGUAUGUGCAAACAACUAACAAUAACCAGCUGCAGCAGAUUUGAUAACAGUUACAAGGAAAUAAUUUUACUUUUAAAUAUAAAUCUUAAUUAAUUACUAUAUGUAUUAGGGCUGUAAGGAAUACACUAGGUGACGAAUACGAUACGUAUCACGAAUACAGGGUGGGGAAUACAAAUACUUAUUCACGAAUAUGAAUUUCAAUGAACAAAAGUAGUACUGACAACUUGACAUGACAUUAUAUAGUAUGAAACUAUGAGUAUUUGUAAAUUUGAUUAAUUAAGUAUCACUACAUACUGAAAAUAUGAAAUAUAACUCUUUGAAAUAACAAAACAGUGACUAGAACUGCUUCAUCUUUGAACACAGUUUUGAAAACAUGACUUGUACCGAGAGGGGGUAAUCACGUGACAAACAAGAUGGCGACGUCCAUGCCGAGGCAGGUAUUUUUUGUCGUGUUAUACUCUUUAUUACUUGUUUUAUUAUUUUUUGUUCCGCCCACUCUAGCCAUGUUAAAAAGAAAGUUACUGACUUUUAUUUUUAAGUAAUAUUCGCUCUAUAUCUCGACUUUACUCGGUGCAGAAUUUCUUAGCGGGAUGACCUAAUUAGUUCUCCACUAAGAAAAUUUGCACCGAGUAAAGUUGAGAUAUAAAGCAAAUUUUAAUACCAAAUAUACGCUAAUCAUGUUUUUACUGAUAUGGCUGGAAAGUGAGCGUCGUUUAAAAAAUAAACAUAAUUAAUAAUGGGUAUACAACGGCGAAAAAUAACUGUCUUGGUAUGGACGUCGCCAUCUUGACUAUCACGUGAUUACCCCCUCUGGUACGAAAGGAGUGCCAGACAAACGAUGAUAUUUGGCAGGCGGGUCAACGAUAUCAAAAGCAUUCCCUUUGCUAGGCUCCAUGUUUGUUGAUAAGUUGCACAUUCAUUGUCCUAAAGAUAAACAAAAAAGAAAUAUCAUCAGCUAAUCCUUUGUGUGUAUGUUCGAGCAUGCAAUCACUGGUAUUUACCUAAAUAAACAUUAAACAACCAUCGAAAGAUUUUUCAAUUCAAUGUCGUAAUUAUCCAACCGGUGCCCGCCAUUUUGUUGAUAAUCUCACUGUGUAACAUAGUGGGUGGGUGGGGUAAACAUGAUGAAAAAUGCCGGAAUAAGGAGAAGAACAUUUAAAUAUAGGCGUUUAUUGUAUGAACCUUCAUUUGUAAGGUAAGAUGAUUAAACUUUCAAACUUGAUACCAUGUUGUUUGUAUUCGUUAUAUAUUCGGUUCGGGAGGUGGCAAAAACGAAUACGAUUCGUCCACAGCCGUAUUCAAGUAAUUUGAAUAUUCAAAUAUAUCGUUAUACAGCCCUAAUAUGUAUAUCUAAUAUUGUAUUGCUAUUGACUAGACUUAUGUACCAAAUUAAAAAUACAUUCACCAUUUUACAGUGUUUCAGAUUGGUCCAACUUUCCUUGGGACAUGUGUCCUAUGGUCUUUUUUCAGGACUUUUGUUCUUUAUCACGAAAAAACUUUCAGAAAGUUUUUUUUCUUAAUGUAAAAUAUAUUAAAAAAACAAGUCAAAACUUAAUUCAAUAACAUUUUAAAGUGUUUUUCCAAGGCAGACAAAAUUAAUGGGCAUGGUGUAGAACACUCAAAAGGGGCAUUUUAACACGCAGUUUUGGCAAACAUAGGGCAAAAAAAAAUUCAGGAUCUGGGGAGAAAUAUUUAAUCGCAUUAGUGGCAGUUGAGGGGAAAAAAUAAAAAUAAGCAAGCAGACAAGUGUAAUAAAUGUAUUUAAAUUACUCUAAUUAUUAUUAAUAUAUUUACAUCGCAAUGUCUUCCAUUUAAGUUCCAUGCUGUGUCAAUAAACUGAACAGCAUGACAAACAUAAUGAAGCAAUAUAUGCGUAUGAAUCUGAUUAUCCCUUUACCACUUAGAUAUGUAUUUUUAGGCAUAUGUAGUCCCUUCGGGAGUUAAAUUUAAUUUAAGAUCUUUCCUACUAGACUCAAGUGUUAAAAGCUUCAUUGUCAACCCUUAGAUACUGAUGAGAAGCAAACAGCAUAAAACCUGAACAGAUUGCAAGUUACUUGCGGACUGUUCUGGUUUUAUGCUGUUUUUUUAUAGCUAUUUUCACUUUGCUUCUGAGCAGGAAAGGGAUAUUUAUACACAUAUUUACUAACAUAUAAAUGUCAUGUUUGUCUUAUUUCAUUUUCUAAAGUAAUCUGAACUCCAAUUUGCAAAUACUCGUUAUUGGCGAACGGUUCAUUUGUAAGCCCAAUCGUUGCACUGAAAUUAAUUUCUUAGGUCAAUUUCUAUCAGCCAAUAGCCAAAGGGCGAUCUGAAACACUGUAUUUUCUUUGAAAAUGUCACUGUUUAUAUUUUUGCAAUCAUGUUUAAAAUAAAUUAAGUCAUAUGCUGUAUAAUUGUGAACAAAUGGUGCUUUUAAAUGUUUUGUGUUAAGAAUAAUCUUGGAUGUUUAAAUGCAUGUCAAUCAUGGUUACGUAAUUAUAUAUUUUAUUAAAUACUUAUAUACCAUGUACAGGAUUUAUUUGAACAGUGUGUAAUUUCAAACAUACUGAUUACAAAAUAAAUAGUUCACAGGCAUUCAUAAAAAUGUAAUAACUGUUUACAAACAUAUUUGAACUAGCCAAGGUUAGUGCAUGUACUUUUACAUCAGCCAUCAAAUAGGUUCAAAAUGUUUCUAAAAAAACUUGGAUUACCAUAUUUACUGAUAUAUGAUCAUAACAAACAUUUUCUGUACAGUUUUUUCCAUUGGUCUCAAACUGUCUUGGUUUAAUUUAAAACAUAGUUAUAGGUCAUGUUUACCAGAAAUAUUGUUGUAGCAUGUUUUAAUUUAAUCAGCUAAAAGCAAUCAGAUAAACAAUUUUUUAUAAACCAUUGGUGUAUACGGUGGUCUUUUAAUGUGUUGAAACAUCUAUAAUGACAUUUUGGGAGCAUUUUUUUAACUGUAUAUUAUAUUACUAGCUUCAUGUUAUUCUCUUCAAGGGACAGGUUCACAGUUGGUAAAAAAUCACAAUUUUCCCCAAAAUUUUCAGAGAUUCAACAAAUUAUGUAUGCAAUAUUUUCAAACAAGCAAAAUGCUCCUUACUGAGAAAAAUUAUAAAGUUUUAAUAAACGUUUUCAUCUAUAAUUUGGAAUAUUCCUAUAUUUCUUACAUAGCUUUUAAAUUUUGAUGUGAAGUAUUAAAGCCUGAGUGGCAUAAGUGUGUUGAAUGUGGCUUCAAAGGGGCUUGGGUUUGAAUCUUGCACAAGAUAAUAUUAACAUUAUUCUUGUUUUUAUAAUGAUCAAAUCUGAUUCAACAUAUUGGUGGGGAAUGAUAGAGCAUAGAUUUAAUAAAUUAAACAAUAAAAAAAUAAAAACUGAACAAUUCCCUUCAAAGUUAGCUUUUAUUUAGGUGUGUAAAGGAGUGCACCAGGCCUCUCAUACAUUUCUUUAGACACAUUGCUAUGAUUUCACAACAUGCAAAUGUAACUAUUACAUCAUAAAAUCUUAAACAUAUGUAAAUAAACCUGUUACUGCAUAUAUAUGAGUUAGUGAAGUCAUGCCAAAAUUGCAGUUUCUGUUAUAUUUUUACUUGGGAAUGUUCAGUGGAUUUUGUUGAUAUAUAAACAUUAUGACUUUCGUCAUGUAUAGUUAAAAUGUAGAUAGGCUACUGUCUAGUGUUGUGAUUGUGUAACCGGUUUUAGUUUUGUUUACAGCUGAUCUUAACAGCAUGUUGCCAUAAUUGCAUAAGUCUUUUUUUCUAUUAAAUACAAAUUUCUUGUUUUUGUCCUAUUGUUAAUUAUAGUACAACGUCUUCAAUGAUAACAUUCUGAAUAAAAUAGUGCUAUUGUCAUUUGAAGAUUUGCUUUUAUUAACACACAAAAAUAAUUGUUAUUAUCAGUCGAUUUUAAUUGAUUUGUAUGUUUGUGACAUUUUUAUGCAACCAUUAGUUUAUAAAAUACACAUAAUUGCUGUUCACUUUAUUUUCAUUAAAAAUGCGUUUUGCUAUAGAUUAAAUAAGAAAUGUUGCUUCAUUAAUAUGUCUAUUGGCUAAAUUAUGUGCUUUAAUAUAUAAACAUGCAGAUGUUAUGUUGCAACUUUCUGCGUGGUCCAUAUUUGGAUCAGCUAAGUAGUUUGUAUUUUGCAGUAUUUUUCAAUAAUUAUUAAGUGGUGUAAUUGAUCAUAAAGAACAUUCAAGCAAUUUACACUAAUGCCAGAAAGUUAUCAUUGUCUGCAUUGAAUGAAUAUAAACAUCAAUGCAAAAGACUAUUGCUAAUCUAUUGCAUGUUUUUAGAUUAAUUUCAAAGCCCAUGUUUACAUUUAAGACUUGUCAUAAGACCAUCAUGUUCCAAACCUAUAGUAUAGCCACAGAGUGUAUAUUGAAAUCUAGAGUCCGUGGUAUAGCUGAAUACUUUGACAAAAAAAAUAGGAUUUGAUUAUGUACAUUAUAAGAAUAUGGAUAAAGGCCAAUAUGAAGGAAAUGCAUAAUCUUUAUUUGAUAGGGAUUUACACUUAGUGCAUUAAACGCUUGUUUUUAUGAUGUUUUAUUGAAGCCUUUAUAUGAUUGUCUUAUGAUUGAGAUAAAGAUAUAAUGUUGAAGACUUUCUAGCCAAGUAAAAAUGAUGGGACAUGACACUCCAUUCUGCUGAUACAUUGUUGUUUCAUUCUUCUAUUGGUGUCAUUAUUCAUGUGAACUUUGGUGUGCCUAAAUUUGUUUCUUAGUAAGAAGAACAUCAUGCUGUACAUUGGCUAAUGUCUAGUAUAUGUAGACAUGUUUAAUUAUAUUCUGUAAAUGGUUAUAAUGUCUACAAUCUUAUAAUAAAAUUUAAAAAUUUC